AGGAUAACGAUAUAUUACAUGUUCGACUUCACAAAGCACGGAAGAAUAUAGGAAGGCUACGACUGGAACGAUCGUGAGUGUCCAAUUUAAAUUGAAGUCAGAGGUGGACGAUUUCUCCUGGAAAGAAUUGAAAGGGUUCGUGAACGGUCUGAUGUCGACUCUGACGAAUCCGACGGCAUAUCGGAUAUUCUAUCCCACGACGGUUUAGACUUUCACCAUUCUCAACAUAUGGCAAGGAAGCCAGCUAUUCGCAUAUUCGAAAAACCUCAACGCCGUAAAAAGGAUCCUAAUGCUCCAAAAGGGCCUGGAAAUGUUUUUUUCUUGUACUGCAGGCUAGAGCGUGAUAAAAUUAAGGAUGAAUUUCCCAAUGAAAAUCUCGGAGACGUUACCAAACUCUUAGGACAAAAAUGGAAAAGUCUAUCGAAGGAAGGAAAACAAAAAUAUUACGAUUUAUAUAGGAAGGAACAGGAAGAAUAUGAACUGGCGAUGAAGACUUAUAACAAGGAGGCCAUGCGAGACCCAAAUCCUUCUAUCUCUCGUUCAUCACUUACCAACGGUGGUGCUCACUUGUACUCUGAUAGUGCGCAUGCAGCGGAUAUGACUCUGACAUCAUCUCAGCAAGGAUCUUCCAUCAUAGAUGAGGAUGAAGAUGUGUUGGAAGCUGAUCCACAGCCUCGUACCUUUCCCACAUCCAAUCAUGAUAUGGAUGCCGACACAGACGAAAUGCUGGAUGAUGACGAUUUUCAAGUCUAUCCAGCAAAAUUUUCCUCAAAAGAGCAAGCGCACAAGUGGCAGGAGCAGCAAAAUGCAACAUACCAGUCAAUCAAAUGACGCUGGCGUCAAGUAUAGAUUAGAAAGCUCAUACGGGAUGUUUACCCAGCAUGUAUGAUUGUUGCUUCU